AUGGAACAGGUGUCGRUGAAUUUUUCUUUAUCUUUGAAYUCAGGRCGCUUAGUUGGAGGAAUUUUUGGAGCAGGUUUUUGGGAAGCUGCCUUGUACUCGUAUACUGGACAUCCCUUAAAGUUGGCAGUGUGGUCCCCACUACAUAGGGCGCAUUUGGCGGGACUGUUGCAGUCUUUGGAACAGUCUUCCAUGGCGUCGACCGCAACAAAUAAAGGGAACGUUCUCCAGCAGAAYACGAUCRUCCAGUCCUUCAACGCGUCGUACAUGGUGCACAAAAUGAUCGGCACCGGAAGUUUCUCUCGUGUCUACAAUGCAUCGGAAGUGGUCUCGGGCACCGCGGUGGUGAUCAAGGCGCUGAAUAAUUAUGGCUCCGGUAAAUCAUGGUUGGAACUGUACUUCAAGGAACUAGAAUUUUUGAAYAGGGUUAAGUUAAGCCGGUUACAGUCCCGAUACGUCCAGCUGAGGGACACUGUUCGACUCAAAUCGGGAAUGAUAUGUUUCGUUAUGGAGAAACUGAGCACCACCUUACAGGCCGUGCUGCACAACAUCGGCCCGUUGCCAAUGUGCAUUUGUCGGCCGAUUGUCAGACAAAUCGCACAAG